AUGGACAACCCAGCGAUGACCGUGCCCGCAAGCGCACGACUCCGAUCAAGCCCAUCAUCAACAAGCAAGACUGGAAGCAAUGGAACAGCCCCCAAACCCUCGAAUCCUCAGAUGGAAGCCCGGCAACCUGAAGAAAAAGUCCAAACUGUCACGAACAUCAUCUUCUUCGUGCUGAACGUCUGCCUCUUCGCCGCAGCCUUCUCCAUCUCCAUCCUUCGCUACACCAUCUGGCCCGAGAUCUGGGGCGUCAUGAUCCUGGACCCAAACAACAGCCUCUUCCUCGGCACCGUUCCCAUGGGCUUCGCAACAAUCAUCAACAUGUGGAUAGCCGUCUGCGUGCCCGCCUGGGGAGCAUGGUCCGCCUACUUCGCCUGGGCGCUCUGGAUGCUCGAUUCCAUCGCCGCAAUCUCAGUAACCGUCAGCCUAGGCGUCCUCCUCAUGUCCGAAAGCCACCAGCGCUCCCUCGACACCAUCACAGCCGCCCAACUCCUCCCCAUCGCCGCCACAAUCGUGAGCAGCAGCACCGGCUCGCAAGUCGCAGAAGUCCUUCCAGACCCGCAACACGCCCUCGGCACUAUCAUCGCCUCGUACGUGAUGUGGGGUCUCAGCGUCCCCAUGGCCUUUGCAGUCAUGGUCAUCUACUUCCAACGCCUCGCCCUGCACAAGCUCCCAGCGCGCGAAGUCAUCGUCUCCGCCUUCCUACCUCUCGGGCCCCUGGGUCUAGGCGGCUACACGAUCCUGAACCUCGGACGUCAAGCUCGCCAAACAUUCCCCGUCACCAACACCCUCGACCCCAUGGCCGGGCUCUUCGCAUACCACCUCGGCUUCUUCGUAGCUCUGAUAAUGUGGUCCUGGGGCCUGCUCUGGUUCGCCUUCGCGCUGGCGGCGAUUCAUCAGGCGUCGCCUGGUCUCCCGUUUAAUAACGGAUGGUGGGGUUUUACCUUCCCGCUGGGCGUAUACAGUAUUAGUACCGUUAAUAUUGGUCUUGAGCUGCCGUCGCGCUUCUUUCGUGUCCUGGGGACGGUGUUCGGGACGGCGGUGAUUUUGCUGUGGAUUGUUAUUGCUGCGAGGACGGCGAAGGGGGCGUGGCAGGGUACCUUGUUCGUGGCGCCUUGUUUGGCGAAUUUGGAGCCGAAGUAUAAGGUGCCUCCGGAGAGCAGUGAAGAGGAUGAGAAGAGCGAGCUGGCUGCUGUAGAGAGUACGGGUAGUGAGGAGACGCAUCGUGGGACGCCGCCAGAUAUCGACAUGGAGCCGGAGCGUGUUCCCACGAACCGUUGA